UCUGUGGUCUCAAAAGAUUUGAAAAUAGAAAACCCCUGUGAGUUCAAAACAAAUGAAAAUAAAUCAUUUAAAAUAAAUUCGUCUGCCGCCGGUCGGUGUGCUUUGCUAGACAGUAGACACCUCUAAUGCAAGUAGAGACGUCUUGUGGUAGACGCCGUGCCAACUUCCUUAACCCUACGGUAAUUCAAGAAGUAACCACUUAUAAACAUAACCUAUAAAAUUGCACAUGUAGUGAAUUUUUUGGAAAAAUGACCCAAAUAAGCAUAGACGAAGUCUGUCCGAAGAAGGGAAUGUACCCUAUGAUCAUUAACUUCCAAAAUGGGUACGUUACAGACCGAUUUACUGAACAAGAGUGCAUAGUUUUAGAAAACAGUGAAAACAAGUUGCAAACCGUUGCCACGGUAAUAGACAAAUUAGUUUACGCCGGUGAAGAAAAAUCAGAAGAACUGACUAAAACCUUCAUUCUUACAAGAAAUAAAAAAACGGGUAAGGUCCGUCUAAUAGAUAGCAGUGUUGUAGAUAUGAAACCUAUUCUAAAAAUGAAUUCAGAACCAACACAAGCGUUACUCGAAACAAGUAAUUUGGAACUGAGCAGAAAAUUCGGUUCGAAGAAGCAGAAAAAGCGAAUGGAGCAACGAGAAAAGCUUAAGGUUAACGUGGAAACUGUCACGGAACAAAUGCAGAAUGUAACGAAAACAAUAUCAAAGGACGAGCUUGAUUUAUCGUUGUAUGACACCCAGAAUUCUGAUGACUUUUACAUACCACCCAUUAAUCGUGCUGCCACUACAGCUGAAGCGUUAUAUGAUAUAGAUAGCAUAUUAACGGAAGAGCAAUAUGCAAAAAUAAACUCCGAGUUGGAGGGCAAAGACUAUAAAUCUGACUUGGUACCACUCGUGAAAAGCAUUGUUGAAAAGAAAAAGUUGUCGCCGAAAUUACUCGUGCUAGCUGUCUAUGCGAGCUGUCUCGUCCAAAUGUACAGUUCAGUUGUGAGAAUAAUCACGGCAAAAAGUUUCGUGAUAUGCCCACACUCUGUUACACUUAACGAGUUAAUUUUAAAGAACUUCUGUACAACUAUCAACGGAAAACGGAACAGACCAAUGACUUAUAAGGACAGGGCGAUGUGCCAUGCGAUGGUUUUCAUUUUACUUAUAAGUGGUUUGAAGGUUGACUUUGCUGAACUAUGUGAAACUUUCAAACUGUCUGAAAGGAAUGCUACGAUGAAGAUUAGAGUGACGGGUGCAAGUGUCGUUGUAUCUGGCAGUAAAAAGACUGCACAGUUGAAAUUGCCGUUAAACACUAAGAUUCCAUUUAGACGAAAAAGUACUAAGUUUUACACUAAGAUGGAGGAACGAACCCAUGAGUCUACAUGUGAUGCCAACUUCCUCAUCAAACCCAAGGAGGAACCGCUAGACGACCUGGUCGCAACAGACAACUGUGGGGAUGACACGGGCCUUAUUAUACCCAAGCAAGAGUCUAACACGAGUCUACACUAUGAUUUGAAUGAACAUAAAGUGAACAUGGUCAUGCCUAUCAAGACAGAAUUAACUUUAAGUGAUGAUAUGGCUAAACUACGCAGACACUACGAGGCAUCUGGACAUGGUGUUUCAAACCAGGAUGUGGCUACGGAAUAUGUAAUGAUAGAGAUUAAAGUAGAGCAAGUGACUAAUAAUGUGGACGUGGACAGCAUGCCGGUACACGAUGAUCCUUUGCUGAAAGAAUGUACACCAAGCCAAGAAAACCCUGCUGAGAAAAAGGAACUUACCUCUUGCGAUGUAUGCGACAAACAAUUCAAAGACGAAACCGAUUUAAAUCUCCAUAUAAAGACUCACACUGUAGAAAAACCAUAUCGUUGUAACCUAUGCCCUAAAGAAUAUACCGAAAAAAGUAGUCUUACCUACCACUUAAGGACACAUUUCGGUGAAAAGCCCUUUUAUUGUGAAGUAUGUGAUAAAAGAUUUACUCAAAAAAGUACUCUGACAGACCACACAAGGACUCACACUGGUGAAAAACCAUACAGUUGUGAUGUGUGCCAGAAAAAGUUCUCAAAGAAAAAUAAUUUGAAACAGCACUUGAGAACUCACACUGGUCAAAAACCAUUUUCUUGUGGCAUUUGUCAAGGUAAAUUUACAGAGAAGAGUAGUCUGACAACGCAUUUGAGGACACACACAGGUGAAACACCGUACGCUUGCGAUCAGUGCCCUACAAAGUUCAGUGAUAGAACCAGUUUGAAUUAUCAUGUGAGAACUCACACUGGUGAAAAACCAUAUGCUUGUACUCAAUGCCCGAUGAAAUAUACUGAUCGGAGCAGCCUUAGCUAUCACAUGAAGAGCCACAGUGGAGACAAACCCUUUGCGUGUGAGAUAUGCCCAAUGAAGUAUAAAGAUAAGAGGAGUUUAGGCUACCACAUACGAAGUCACUCAGGACGUAAGCUGUUUUCUUGUGCUGGGUGUGAGAAGGCAUAUACUACGAAAAGCAAUUUGGUUAGGCACAUGAUCACUCAUAGUGGAACGUAAACAUGGAGUCUCCCCAUCGACGGCGCACUACUGAGCACGGAUCUCCUCUCAGAAUGGUUUGGCCAUAGUCUGUCAUGCUGGCCAGUACAUUGGCAGACUUCACACACCUUGGAAACAUUAUGAAGAACUCAGGCAUGCAGGUUUCUUCAUUGUAAAUGUCGAAAAAAUCUCCACCAUCGACGGCUCACUACUGAGCACGUGUCUGUCAGAAUGAGAAGGGUUUAGCCAUAGUCCACCACGCUGGCCAAGUGUACAUUGGCAGACUUCACACACCUUG